CCACCAGCUGCCGGCUAUUUUCUUUCGCACUUUUUUUAUACUUUUCCAGAUCCAUUCUAACCAAAAUCAGCAACCCAUUGAACAGCCUUGUUUAUGCUUCAUCUUCCUCUCGCAUGUAAAUCUGCUUUCACCAAACUGAAAACUGUAAAAUCUAACCCAUUUUCUUCAUCUUUCACGAUUUACUGCCUGUUGCUCUCUCUUCACUUUGCUCGCUCAGAUCUGCUCCCAUCACAUUCAACGGCCCCACCAAAAGAUCUCCUUAUUCCACAGAUCCGCUUUGCUUAUGUCCGGCGAUUCCACCGAACAACCUUCUCCUGCAAAAGCUGCUUCCAUGGCCGGUGACCAAGAAGGACAAUCCAUUCCCACCGAAUUUGCUCCUUCCAUGGCUGGCGUUAAAUCCUUUCAUCCCAAAGAGCUGCCAUCUGCUGGAUCUGCUUCAAUGGCGGUUCCAAGGCCACUUAUUUCUUGAAAUCGCCUCUGCAGAUUUGGUUAAGCUCUACCAAACCCAAAAUCUCCAAGAUGACGUAAAUCGAAUACUCCAACGUCAUAAGCCAUGCCAUUCAAAUUAGAUUUUUGUUCCUCAUAAAAAAUCUCAGAUUGUGGGUCUAUACUUUGUGUCUCACCCGCCGGCUCCUCUUGCCUCCAUUUACCUACAGCCAAAAGAACAUCCUCUCCCUUUUCAGGUGAAACCCGAUUGGAGUAAAUGGGUUGGACCUUUCGGAACUUGAACAACUUGGAGGAAAUCAGAACGGGUUGACUGGAUAAAUCACCUUGAACUUGCUUUUGGUCAAAUUUGGAAAGAUGUGGGUUUGUUUGAAUUUAUACAAUUAUCCAAAUGCAAAUUUCUCAUAGACAACCCGAUUUUGAGUUCAGCUUUGUUGUUUUGGUCUGACUCUUUUAAUUGCUUUCAUUUCCAUUGUGGAGCCAUGUCUGUGAGUCUCUUUGAUAUUAGUUCAUUAACUGGAUUGCCUUGUACAGGAGAAGAGAUUUUAGCAUUAUUAACUUUGCCACCAGGUGUUUAAUACAACGUAGAUUUGAAGUCCUUUUAUCCAACUUUUGUGAGAUUUGCCUAUGACAAAAAUAAGUCUGUCAAUGCUUAAGAGCACAUUUCAUUUUUGCUUAUUUUAAUCCGCAAAUAUAUGGUUUGUUCAGCUGAUAAAGGCCCUACUAAAGAAUUUAUCUCAUUAGCUGUUGCUUUAGCACAUGGUAGACGAUUAGCUUUGGGUCAUUUUCUGCUUGCUUAUUUAUAUAGGGGUUGCCAAGAUGUCACAGCUCAUCCUUUAGGCAUUAGUGGUGGGCCACUUUGAAUUCUGCAGU